UUGUAGAAAUUCAGCUCAUAAACAUGUUGAUAGUAGAAAAUACACGUGCGAUACAUCACUGUGUAAUAUUUAUUCUUUACUCAGUUAUUUCUUUUGUUUUAGAAAGUGAUAACUUGCUAAUUUGAAAGAAAUACGUGUGUUUAUAUGCCACGUAUAAGAAUUUAUAUCUAUCUCGAAAUUCGAAUUAUGAUAAUUCAUCUUUUAGUGAUCUCAAAUGAAUAUUGUCCAGGUACUUUCAUGAAAUUUACGACUAUCAUUUUAAAAACGUGUUGAGCGAGUACCCAAUUAAUGAAAAAAACAUGAAAGCUCAAGGUGGCAUUGAUUAUUUUAGUAGGUAAGAAAAUUGAAAACAGACGCCCAUUUACAGAGUUUUCGUUUAAUUCGAUUAUCUGUUUAUAACGAUGACUUGCUCGAUUAAGUGUAUUCAAAUUCUCAAUUCAUGAUUUCUAAAUAUAAAUAAAUUCACGAUAGAUCGUUACAAGGUACAGAAAUAUUAGUCGUUAGCGAGAUUUCAACAGAGCAAAAUGGAAUCGAGUGAUAUGCUUAAUUGUGCUGUGAGAGUGAAGGAGGAAACGAUUGAUGUCUCAUUUCUUGAAAAUGAAUGUGAAAUGAUUGACGAGAAACCCGAUGUCAAAAACAUCCAACUUUUACCAUUUUCGUUGGAAAAACCAGCUCACAAACUUCGGGAAUAUGACGAAAAUCAAGAAACUGAUAUAAAUGACGAAAUGGAGAUUGAAUUCGAGUGUGUAGACGUCAAGCUCACUAUGGAUUUAUUGGUAAAUAAUAAAUCCGAUGAAUAUUCUCGAAAUCACUUACAGCUUACGAAAUAUAGCAAGGAUUAUCAGAAUCAAAAUAAAAUUAAAGAGGAAACUGUGGCGGAAGUGAAAAAAGAAGUGAAUUUGAAUUUUGAUUAUGAACUUAACGGGAGAAAUGAAAAAAUGAAUGACAUUGAAAAGUUGAAAGAUGGACUCGAAAUAAGAACCGAAAAGGUACAUAGACAUGAGUGUAAUAUUUGCGGAAAGACAUUUCCAAAAAAAAGUAAUCUUAAAACACACAUUGAUGCGGCGCACAAUGGUACCACCCAUACCUGUGAUACGUGUGGUAAGACAUUUGCACGACUGGAUGUUCUCAAACGCCACAUCCUUUCGGUACAUGAUAAAAUCUGUCAUGAAUGUGAUAUUUGCGGAAAGAAGUACUCAGAUAAGGGUAAUCUCAAGAAACACAUCGAUGUAGCGCACAAUGGUAUCAUCCAUAGCUGUAAGACAUGUGGUAAGACAUUUGCACAAAUAGGUAAUCUCAUACGCCACAUCAAUUCGGUACAUGACAGAAUUACUCAUGAAUGUGAUAUUUGCGGAAAGAAGUACUCAGAUAAGGGUAAUCUCAAGAAACACAUCGAUGUAGCGCACAAUGGUGUUAGACAUGAGUGUAAUAUUUGCGGAAAGACAUUUUCAAAAAAAAGUAGUCUUAAAACACACAUUGAUGCACACAAUGGUAUUGCCUUUAUUUGUAGGACAUGUGGUAAGACAUUUGCACAACUAAUUACUCUCAAACGCCACAUCGAUUCAGUACAUGACAAAAUCACACAUGAAUGCAAUAUUUGCGGAAAAAAAUUCUCAGACAAGAGUAAUCUCAAGAAACACAUCGAUGUGGCGCACAAUAAUGUCACCUAUACUUGUGAUGUGUGCGAAAAAAAAUUCUCGACGAAUAGUAAUCUCAACGAACACAUCAAUGUAGCGCACAAUGGUGUUAGACAUGAAUGUGAUAUUUGCGGCAAGUCCUUUACUCACAAAGGUUAUCUCAAAACCCACAUCGAUUCGGUACAUAAUAAAAUCAUUCAUGAAUGUGAUAUUUGCGGAAAGAAAUGCUUAACUAAGAGUAACCUUAAAUCACACAUGGAUGUGGCGCACAAUGGUAUCAGACAUGAAUGUAAUAGCUGCACAAAGAAAUACUCGCAUAAGAGUGAUCUCAAGAAACACAUCGAUGUGGCGCACAAUGGUAUCACCCAUAGAUGUAAGACAUGUGGUAAGACAUUUGCACGACUUUAUGUUCUCAAACGCCAUAUCAAUUCGGUACAUGACAAAAACACUCAUGAAUGUGAAAUAUGCGAGAAGAAAUACUCAGAUAAGAGUGAUCUAAAAAAACACAUCGAUGUGGCGCACAAUGGUGUUAGACAUGCAUGUAGUAUUUGCAGAAAGACAUAUUCAAAAAAAAGUUAUCUUAACACACACAUUGAUAAUGCGCACAAUGGUAUUGCCCCUAUUUGUAAGACAUGUGGUAAGACAUUUGUACGACUAGAUGUUCUCAAACGCCAUAUGAAUUCGGUACAUGACAAAGUCACUCAUGAAUGUGAUAUUUGCGGAAAGAAAUUCUUAUAUAAAAUAAAUCUCAAAAAACACAUUGAUUCGGUACAUGAUAAAGUAGCGUAGAAAGAGGAAAAACGAUAAGACGAUAGGGUGAUUGCAAAAGGCACUUCCAAUAAAUUUUUGACUAACCAUCAUGAAUGUUCAUUGAUGGUAUAAGACAUACAUAAGAGAUAUGUAAAAUAAUAUUUUAAUAAAUCGUUUCUCAAAGAUCACAUUGAUACGAUGAAUUAUUCACGAUUGAAAAUAAAAAAAUUGUAAAUUUUGUAUUUAAUUUUUUCAAAAAGCCAUGUACGAUUCAUUGUAUCUAUAAAAUGCUAAUUUCAAAUUUCAAAUUAUGUCAUCUCUUUGAAGUAUAACAUGUAAAAAUGAAA